GGGUAACAUUGGGCAGGACAAUUAAAUGAAUUUAUUUCUCAGUUGAACAUCAAUUGGUGUAAAUUAAAACGGAUAAAAUAUAUUAAUAAUUGAGUUAUCAGGUGAAGAAAAUAUUUGGAAAUUCUUGACCAGUUCAUUGUUCUUGAAAAUACAUGUUUUUAACAGUCGAAAUGUUGAUAAAUCCUCAAAAGCAGGAAGUUGAAAAUUUAGUUAAGAUGAAACAGGAUGAGCAACUAAAUAUACGCUUUCCUGUCCUAAAGAUAUAGAUAAAUUUCACAUAGAGACGAGUAAAAAGUGGUGCAUUAUUGAGGUAUAAAUAAAUUCCCUGAUGUCUGGUCGGAUGUAUAGACCUGGGAACCAGCAACGUGCAAGCAGUUCUACAUCUGAUUGUAGGUGCAAUGUUGUGCUGAUAUAUCAGUCAGGAAUGAGAUCUAUACUGAGAUACAUACCUCGAAAAUGCCGUCGUCUGCUGAUUGUGUGCAUGCUGUUAACGCUGACAACACUGGUCCUACUUUCAUUACACAGAGAAAUACAGAAUUCGGAAUGGACAUCAGAGCAUAUUUUUGAGAAGGUGCAUGACCCAUUUGGCAGCCGGCACGAGCGUAAGUGUAUUGUACAACAUUAUUUUAAAGAAGAAGCGUUGGCAGAUACCCAUCUCUCCGCGCUGCAGAGAAAUGAAGAGAGAGCCCAAUGUUUUAUUGGCGAAGAUGUCAAUGUCGAUAUACAGAUGGAGGAUGUAUGGGAUACAGUUAGUAUUGGGUACCCUAACUUAAUCUUGACGGUCACUGGCUGGUUGGACACCAUUCAGAUGAGCUGGACUGCCAAACCUCUACAUGUAAUAGUCAUGCCCCAUUCUCACCAAGACCCAGGUUGGUUGCAGACUGUAGACUCGUAUUUUUCCGGAUCUACUCGCCAUACAUUGGAUCUUAUGGUGGAAAAGCUAACAAAAAAUCCCACAUGGACAUUUAUAUGGGCAGAAGUUGGUCUGUUACAGAGGUGGUGGGCAAAGGCUACAAAUACACAAAAGGCACAGUUUUUAAGAUUGGUGAAGACAGGGCAGUUAGAGCUUGUGUCCGGUGCCUGGGUUAUGACGGACGAGUCUGUCGUUCACUAUGGCGCUAUGUUAGAUCAACUGAUGGAGGGUCACAUUUGGCUAAAGGAUCAUGUUAAUGUUACAGUAGAAAACAGCUGGGCUAUUGAUCCAUUUGGUCAUUCAUCUACAAUGGCUUAUCUACUUGGUCAGUCUGGGGUUCGAAACAUGAUCGUACAACGCACCCACUUUGCUGUCAAAAGACACAUGGCGAAACAGAAAAGUUUUGAAUUCAACUGGCGCCAAAAUUGGGACGUUAAAGGUACAGCAGACAUAUUUUGUCACGUGAUGCCUUUCAUGUUGUAUGGUAUACCUUACUCAUGCGGUCCUAAUCGUCACGUCUGUUGUAAAUUCGACUUUUACAAGAAGCAGUGUUUCUACGGGAAAAGACGAAAGGACCUGCUUGAUAUAUCCGAUAAUAAUGUGGCUGAACUUGCUAAAGAGCUCUGGAAACAGUUACAGAUGAAGUCCGAACUAUUCCGCAGUAAUGUUCUCCUAAUGCCACACGGCGAUGACUUCCGGUAUAAAACUGCCGAAGAAUGGGACAAACAGUUUGUAAAUCUGGAAAAAAUAAUGGACUAUAUUAAUAACAAUCCUGAAAUGCAGAUGAAGAUUGAGUUUGGAACUUUGAAAGAUUACUUUACGUAUUUACAUGGAAGUCGAGAUAGACCCAAAACAAACACUUACCCGGUAUUGAGUGGAGAUUUGUUUCCAUACUCAGACCGGGGUGAACAAUACUGGAGCGGGUUUUAUUCUACAAGACCACACUUUAAAUACCUAGUCAGACAACUUCAACACUUUCUUCGAUCUGCCGAAAUACUUUUUACAUUUUCUGUGGCUGGCCUGAAUGUAAACACCAAUAUCAAAAACUUGUACAGCAGACUCGAGAAAGCCAGGCAGACACUUGCUCUAUCGCAGCACCAUGACGCUAUCACGGGAACCAGCAAACGUGGAGUCAUGAGAGAUUAUAGCUCAAGAGUGCAGUCAGCCCUUGAUGAUACAAUUGAAGUUCACAAGAAAACUGUGUCAAACAUCCUUGGAAAGAAAACUCAGAAGAACAUUUUUGUUAACAUUACAGAGAGCUUCUCAACAUCUGGCUACUUUCCUACAAACGUUGUAUGUACACUCGAAACACCAAUUAAUCUAAUAAUCUGGAAUGAUGUAGGACAACCUAGACACGAACUGAUACACGUGGUGGUGGACACACCCUUUGUGAAAGUAAAUGACGAAUCGUCACGACCUGUCAUACAUCAGAUUAGUCCUGUCUGGGACAAGCAGAGAUAUAUUAACACAAAACAUUAUUUGUUGUCGUUAGACGUACAUAUUGAAGCAUUUUCGCUGUCUACAUUUACAGUUUCUGCAGAGUCAGUCAGAUCUGAAUCUAAGUUUGCCGCUUUGUACAAUGUAACAGACAGACACAAUAACAGGUCUCCACCUCUUGAACUUGGACUUUUCCGGGUCUAUCACAUCGUAAAAACAUUUAUAUCGGUGACUAGUGCAUGUAUGACAGCUGUAUUCAAGACAUGUGAUGGGAUGUUAUAUUCAGUCCUCCAUAAGGACCUAAAAGACACAUAUAGAGCAGAUACACAUUUUGUAACGUACAGCACGGGUAGAUAUACAGAUCCGUUUCGGGAUAAAAGUGGGGCUUACACAUUUGUACCUGACGGAGCAGCAAAGGACGUAUCAGAAAAGCCACAUGUCAUCGUCGUAGAAGGAAGUUUAUUCACAGAAGUAAGAGCGAUGUAUAAAGAUAUUGUACAUAUUUCCAGAAUUUACAACAUUUCAGGUGUUCUCAAUGAAAUCGUACAUGUGGAAAAUUACGUCGACAUAAGCAAUAAAUACUGGGACAAUACAGAGCUAGUAAUGCGAAUUGAAACAUCAAUAAACAGUGGGGAGUAUUUCUGCACUGAUUCAAAUGGCUUUCAGCUACAUCGACGGAAGACAAGAUCAAAGAUGACCAUUCAGGGAAACUUCUAUCCAAUGACAUCAGCGGCAAUAUUGGAAAGUGAUACUGCGAGAUUUACUUUGUUGUCUUCCCAUAGUCUCGGUGUAGCAAGCAUUGUUUCAGGCUGGUUAGAAGUGGUACUGGAUAGAAGACUUGUACAGGACGACUGGCGAGGACUAAGAGAAGGUGUUACAGAUAACACGCAGAGCAAAACUUCUUUUUAUCUCUUGUUUGAAAAGAAGCUGCUCAGAAAUCGAGAGCGGCAAGGAAAUGUUAGAUAUAUGUGCCUUCAGACGUUCCGUUCCGAGUUCGUCGCUGAUACUUUAAACAGUCCAUUAAAAGUGUAUUCAACAAAAGCAUUUGAUAAUUUGCAAAGUACUGAGAUUAAAACAAAACUAAUACCAUCUCUUCCAUGCGGCUGGCUUGUUAUGAACCUACGGAUGCUGAAUGUUCAAAAUAAAGUAAAGGAAUCUCUGAUAACAAUUCAUAGAAGAGGUCUGGAUUGUUCAUACUCUGCUGGUAGUAUGACCUGCUUAAAUAGGGAAUCAUUGAGAUGGUCAGAUUUACGUUUACAGUUGCAUGAAGUCACUGAAACUUCUCUAACCGGUGUGAACGAGAUAAGGAAACAUCAAAUCUCAGAUCCUUUAAAUGUUGAGCCAAUGCAAAUAAAAACAUAUAAAAUAGCAUUCAGAUAACAAA